CCCGUCGUGCCCCGCGCGCACUCCUAGUUGGGCUGGCAGCACCGCUGCGAUGAUGGUGGCUGCAGCUGCUGAGCGAAAUAAGGAGCCCAUCCUGUGCGUGCUCCGCCAGUAUGUGGAUCCUGCCCAGCGCGGCGUUCGCGUGCUCGAGGUGGCCUCGGGCUCCGGCCAGCACGCCGCGCACUUUGCGCAGGCCUUCCCGCACGCCGAGUGGCAGCCGUCGGACGUGGACCAGCGAUGCCUGGACAGCAUUGCCGCCACCACUCAAGCCCAAGGGUUGUCCAAUGUGAAGGCCCCGCUGUACCUGGAUGUGACCUGGGAGUGGGAGCAAUGGGGCGGGAUUCCUCAGCGAUCGCUGGACCUGUUGCUCUGCAUCAAUAUGAUCCACAUCAGCCCCCUGAACUGCACUGAGGGGCUUUUCAAAGCAGCCGGACAGCUGCUUAAAACCAAGGCUGUGCUGAUCACCUAUGGGCCCUUUGCAGUCAAUGGGAAGAUCUUUCCCCAGAGCAACGUGGACUUUGACCUGACCCUCAGAUGCAGGAACCCAGAGUGGGGGCUUCGUGACACAGCUCUCCUGGAGGAACUAGGCCAGGCCAGUGGCUUGGUCCUGGAGAGGAUGGUGGACAUGCCAGCCAACAACAAGUGCCUGAUUUUCCGGAAAGAAUAAUCUAUUCCCUGACUCCCAUGUGCCUGCAUCUGUCAAAGGUUCUGUCAUGGCACAAGCCCCUCCCUCAUUGAGUCAUUCCUUGGGAUAAAUUAGCCCCUCCUAGUCUGGUGGCCACAGUGCUGCAGAGAACCUGGGUCCAGUGGCCUUGAAAUAAAGCCGUUCCAGCCCACUGUGGGA